CUUGCACAACCUACCCAAGUGCUGACGUUUGCCGGGAGCUUGCAAGGAUGAAAAAUGACUGAUAUAAAUAUCGGGUCUCAUGAUACCUUCAGCCAAGGCCCGGCGGGAGCAUCCAUUGCAACCUGGACAUUCUUCCUCCACAACGGCAACUCCUGCUAGUUCUCUGGAAUAGACAUAUCCAUAGACUGCCAACAUGACGCCUCCGGACGAGAAAGUGUCUGGCCAGCAGCUCGAUUUGCGAGCGUUGUCCACUAGGCCCCAGCAUUUCAAAGGACGGGUCAUUCGAUUCUCCAUCUUGCUCACCAUCGCCGCGUUUGCCAUCCUACAAGUGCAUAUGGGCUUUUACAGAAGCAAGUCCCUUGGGCAACAGUUGUCAGGACCCUCUCUCAGCGAUGCUCCAUUCAAAUGGGCAGAUAUCACCCCCACUGAGCAACUUAUAUAUCAUCCAUGCUUCGAGAGUUACGAAUGCGCCCGUUUAGAGCUUCCAAUGGACUGGAACCGUACCGAUGGCAAAGGAUCGAAAAUCGCUUUGGCUGUCAUCAAGCUGCCUGCAAAAGUACCAGUCACAGACGUGCGAUACGGUGGAGCUAUUCUCCUAAAUCCAGGUGGCCCUGGUGGAUCUGGAGCCAGCUUUGUGUUCCGAUAUGGGAAAGCUAUCCAGACAAUCGUUGAUUCCGCGGAGCCGCCAAGUGUAGACUCCGCUACGGGAAAAUACUUUGAUAUAGUCAGCUUCGAUCCAAGGGGCGUCAAUAAUACAACCCCUAGUUUUUCCUGCUUUCCUGACCCAAUGACGAGGAAAGCGUGGUCAUUGCAGUCGGAGGCAGAGGGCACUUUAGGAAGCUCUGAAACGGCAUUUGAUACUCGAUGGGCAAGAUUCGAAGCAUAUGGGAUGAGCUGCAGUCAACCAAGUGCUGAGUCUUCAGAGGACGACGGAUGGAUAGGACCUUUCAUGAAUACAGCCCCAGUGGUGGCGGAUAUGGUUGAGCUAGUAGAGCGCCAUGGAGAGUGGCGCGAGCGAGAAACCGAGAGGCUACUCUCAAUUGCUAUCGACGAUUCUCCUCAUGACCCAAACUUGGAUAUUGCAACUAUCAGGUUGCAGAACCGCUGGAACAAGGGACAGGAAAAGCUGCUGUACUGGGGUUUCUCGUAUGGGACAGUCCUGGGUGCCACAUUUGCGGCUAUGCAGCCUCAUCGCAUCGGCCGUGCUGUGAUUGAUGGAGUCUGCAAUGCCAAUGAUUACUAUGCUGGCAUGUGGCUCGCUAACCUACAAGACGCGGACGCAGCCCUCGAUAGUUUUUUUGAGUACUGCCACACAGCCGGGCCAACAUAUUGCCCGUUCGCGCAUGGUCAUAGUGGCCCCGAAGAUCUCAUGUUUCGUUAUGAGCAACUCUUGACAAAUCUUACAUAUAGUCCCAUUGCGGUGGCUGCUUCCGAGAGCAGGGGUCCAGAAAUCAUAACCUACAGCGAUGUAACGUUGCUGGUCAAGGACUCUCUUUACACUCCUCUGAAGUCCUUCGAGUUCGUGGCCCAAGUGCUGGCUGAUCUGGAGCACGGCAACGGGUCUUCCUUCGCGGAUUCCAAAAACAAGGCCAAGAAGUGGAACGGACCGCCUUCGUGUGAUCCUUCUUCCAAGCAUUGCAAAGUGCCUGGUGAGAGCGAUUUCGAAGCUGCAAUGAAUAUUGUCUGCACAGACGGGCCAGGUAUCGAUGGCAUCCCUAAGGAGGUAUUCCGAAAUUAUUGGCAUACGCUCCGGGGGCAAAGUAAGGCUAUAGGAGAUUUCUGGGCUGAAAUUCGCAUGUCCUGCAUUAGGUUGCAAACGCGGCCUGUAUGGCGCUAUGAUGGACCCUUUACAGGAAACACGUCACAUCCAUUGUUAUUCAUCGGAAAUACCUAUGAUCCAGUAACCCCGCUACAAAACGCCUAUGCGAUGGCUCGCGGAUUCCCUGACUCAGUUGUGCUAAAGCAGAACUCUGUCGGACAUUGCUCACUAAGUGGCCCAUCAUUGUGCACGGCAAAAGCAGUUCGGCAGUACUUCCACAGCGGCGAGCUACCCGAUCCUGAACUUAUUUGCGAGGUAGAGGAGCUUCCCUUCCAUAUUCCAGGGUAUGAAAAACAGCAGGCUCUGUCGCCGGAUGACAAGGCAUUGAUGCAUGCUUUGCAUUCGCUGGGAGAGACCAGCAAUCUGUUGGGUGCUUGAAAGUUUAGGCUCAGGUUGAAGAAGGGUAGCCACUGCCAGAGAACGCCCUGUUUGUGCAAAUUUGCAAUACAGGAUGCUGGGCAGUAUCGUAUCCUUGAUGCACACUGCUCUCCUAUGCGGCUCUACAUAACAUCAAAGUAUCCAGUCCUUGUUGAGCAUAUCGGCUGUCUCUUAUUGAACAUGUCUCGUUGCUCAGAUACCAUAGAUUUCUUAAUCUAAUUACCUUGGG